AUGGGUGUAUUACUCAACCAUACUGCACUUGUAACAACUUUGGAUAUAGGAGUCAUGAAGAUACAACUCAAUGCUCAGUGGUCCACUAUGGCUUUGAUGGGUGGUUUUGCCACGAUAGACAAUAAUGAAAUCACAUUAUUGGUAAAUAAUGCAGAAAGAGGUAUUGAUAUUGAUCUUCAAGAGGCUCAAGAAAGUUUUAGACUAGCUAUAGCUAAUCGUGCGCGAGUUGAAGGCAAGAGACAAGCAAUCGAAGUUGAUGUGGCUCUCAAAAGAGAUAGAACACGACUAGAGGUUGUUGAUGCUCUUUUGUUCAGAUAA